CUUCAUCUAUCAUGCAAACCCAAAACUAACAAAGAAGCUAAGGGAAAACACAAAAAGAAAAGGUGGUGGGAAAUAAUGGAGAAAAAGAGUGUGAAAAUUUGGGUUGUGUUGGGUGUGUUGGUAGCCAUGAGUGGAGCUCAAUGUGGGAAAGCAGACAGUGUUUAUGGGUGCCUAGGAGGAUGUUACAACAAGUGUGUUGUGUUGGCUAGGAAUUCUGGAGCUUCCAGGUAUCCUUGUUACAUAGGAUGCAUCAAUGGCUGUGUUCCUACGACUGCUGCUGAUGAUUACCAGAACUAUUGCCAGAUUGGGUGCAAUUUGCAGCUUUGCUCCCCAACCCGCUAUGAUGGUGCACAGUUGGAGAAGUGUGUUGGCAGAUGUGGAAACAUAUGUAAUAGGGGUUAGAGAAAUUAUUAAUGUUACGUUAUUGGAAGUGAUAUGAUGUAUCAUGUAUGUGUGGCUGUUGGAAAAACAUUAUUAGUAUUUCAAAUGAAAUAAUUCCUAUGUUUACUUCUUUUUUU